AAAUGUUAGGGGUUUUCCUUUGUUUAUUACAGAUUAUAAAAAGAAAAUUAAUGAGUGAUUAUCAAAAGGUGACUAUUCGUACUGCUAUCCUAAGAUCAAGAGUCUGUGCCACUGAUGGGAGAUAACAGCCACCAUGGCGAGAGGACUAGGAGGAGAUCCUCUGCUAUUAAACUAUUGUUUGGUCACAAAGAGGAGCCUGAGAGCCUACCAGAGAAUAAAUCAGAGGGCCUAGUGUUCAAGGACAUCUGUGUGGAUGUGGCUACCAAAAGAAUACUGUGGAGUGUGUCAGGUCAUGCCCGACCAGGAGCUGUGCUGGCCAUUCUCGGGCCCUCUGGUUCUGGCAAGACGACAUUGCUCAACACUCUGGCUGGUCAGGUCAAGAAGAGCUCUGGCUUGAUGACACUCAAUGGACGAAAGCUCACCAAGAAGAACAGAAGGAAGACCAGCUAUGUACUCCAGGCUGACAUAUUUUUCCCUAACCUCACCCUCAGAGAAACCAUCACCUAUUCUGCGUUGCUGAGACUACCACGAGAGUACAGUUUCAGAGAGAAACUCAACAAAGUGGAGGAGAUCAUCAAAACACUUCAUCUGGAGGACUGUGCUAGCACAAUUAUUGGCAAUCCACUGGCGAGGGGUUUGUCAGGAGGAGAGAAGAAAAGAACCAACAUUGGCUGUGAGCUGCUCACUGACCCACACCUACUGCUACUGGAUGAGCCCACGUCAGGUCUAGACAGCAGCAGUGCUCUGAGUCUGUUGGAGAUCCUAGUCAGUGUGGCAAGGGAGGACAACAAGACUGUCAUCACCUCCAUCCAUCAACCCUCCUCACAACUGUUCCACAUGUUUGAUGGACUACUCCUCAUGGCCAAGGGAAAGGUUGCCUAUUUUGGAGCAGCCUCAGAAGCCAUGGACUAUGUAGCCAGUGUAGGACUGAGGUGUACCAUGCAUUACAACCCUGCUGACUAUCUUCUUGAGUUGGUGAGUGUGGACAGCAGUCGCAAGGUGCUCAUUGGAGAGGACCCUAAACAAGAGGAGAGGCCAGUCAUCAAGAAGUGGUGGCAGAAGCUCUUCAGUCGUUCCCCCCAGCCCCUCCCACCAGCAAUUGAUGAUGUAGAGAUGCAAGCUGAAGUUGAUGUUAAAAUUGAAGAGUAUGCAUCAAGCCCUCGAUUGUCACGCCCACCUACAGUGUCUGUCGAUGACCCUUUGAACCCUGACGUUGCUGUUAUUUCAUCCAAGAGCACAGUAAAUCACUUAGCUCUCCCAGACAGUGGAUUAGGUUCAUCAGAAAACAGUAGUGAGACUGUAUCCACCCACAGUAACGAGGGGGAGGGGAGACACAUCCCCCAGGACCGCAAGUGGGCCACUCGAUGGUACUGGCAGUUCCUUGUACUCAUUGUACGCACAUUCAGAGAGUCCCGACACAAUCUCCUCUCAUUCCUCAACGUGGUGCAAGCUGUACUCUUGGCUGUUGUCGUUGCUCUGGUCUGGUUUCAAGUGCCCAAAAUAGAGAGAAGCAUAUCUGACGGAUAUGGAUAUCUAUUUUUCACGAUAAUCUUCUGGUCUUUCAACUCUACAUUUGGAGCAGCUUUCACUUUUCCUAGUGACCACCCAGUGGUUACCAAAGAACGGGCCAGUGGCACAUACCACCUCUCAGCUUACUUCAUGGCCAAGCUUGUCAGUGAACUGCCUCUCAUGUUGUUCGCCCCAUCACUCUUCCAUAUCAUCACUUACUUUAUUGUCGGUUUGAAUAGCGGAGCAGAUGGGUUCUUUGGGACCUGGUUCACUCUUAUCCUCACCUGUUUUGUGGGUCAAUCUCUGGGCUUGUUCCUAGGAGCUCUUAUCAUGGAUCUAAGGCGUAUCAUAGUUUAUGGGGCUUUGAUUGUGUUGUCGUGUAUGUUGCUGGGCGGUUUCUAUGUGCAAUCUCUACCAUUUUGGCUGCAGUGGGCACAGUAUUUGUCCUUCAUUACGUACAGUUUUAGGAGCAGUCUCCAGAUCAACUUUCCACCUCAUGUGCAAUAUAGUUGUGCUGAGAUGUCAGAGUAUGCAGUGUGUAGUAACUCCACUGGCAAUGCCACCAUCUCAGGGACGGACAUUCUGGACGGCCUCGGAGUGGAUACACCGUUUUAUGCUAAUGUCCUCGUCCUCAUUGGUAUUGCUCUGUUCGUCCGUUGUCUUGCCUACCUCAGCUUGAGGUAUCUACACAGACCAAAGAACUGAACACUGUUAACUUUAUUUAUACUCAAAUAUCUCAUAAUCUCAUGUGAUUUUUUUUGGUUGUCAUAUUUAUUGUUGAAUUAAAUGUAUUUUAUGAUAUGAAACAUUUUACAUUUUG